AAAUUCAAAAACUCUACAUUUCAACUCUACAAUAGAGGGAAUUACCUCCACAGAGGAACCCUUGGAGAUGCUCUAAGCCGCCACCUAAAAACCUAAAAUUUGGUCGUUGAAACCAUCUCUGUAGUAACGUGGACUCUCCACACUGUCACUCUCACCUGGCAACAAUGGCGGCUUCGAACCUCCUCUCGCAGCCACCAACAGUUCCGCACAGGAAACACGUCAAGCUCUGUUCAAGCCCCUUCACCACAACCCUCAUCUCCCCCUUCAAAUUCAAGCCCCUUUCAGCUUCUCUCAGAGCCCGCCCUCCGAGGGCAGUCCUCUCAACACCGGAGCCCCAAACCAAGAAAUUGGAGCACUGUUUCGCGAAAUCGGAUGACGGAUUCCUAUAUUGCGAGGGGGUUAAGGUCGAACAAGUGAUGGAAGUCGCCGAGAAAAGGCCAUUCUACUUGUACAGCAAGCCGCAGAUCAAGCGGAAUGUCGAGGCCUACAAAGACGCGUUGGAGGGGUUGAAUUCCAUCAUCGGCUACGCGAUUAAGGCCAAUAAUAAUCUCAAAAUCUUGGAGCUUUUGCAGAGUUUGGGGUGUGGAGCUGUUUUGGUUAGUGGAAAUGAGCUUAGGUUAGCGCUCCAAGCUGGUUUCGAUCCUACAAGGUGUGUAUUUAAUGGGAAUGGAAAGAUCUUGGAGGAUCUAGUCUUGGCCGCCCAAGCUGGUGUUUUUGUGAACAUUGACAGUGAAUUCGAUUUGGAAAAUAUUGUGGCCGCUGCUCGAAUUUCUGGGACGAAGGUUAAUGUGCUUCUGCGCAUCAAUCCAGAUGUUGAUCCUCAGGUCCAUCCUUAUGUCGCAACAGGAAAUAAGAACUCCAAGUUUGGUAUCAGAAACGAAAAGUUGCAGUGGUUUUUAGAUGCGGUGAAGGCACAUCCCAAAGAACUGAAACUUGUUGGGGCCCACUGUCACCUUGGUUCUACUAUUACAAAGGUAGACAUUUUUAGAGAUGCUGCAGUUUUGAUGGUGAACUACAUAGAUGAGAUCCGAUCCCAAGGUUUUGAAAUAGAUUACUUGAAUAUUGGAGGUGGGCUGGGGAUAGACUAUUAUCACACUGGAGCUGUCCUUCCGACUCCAAGAGACCUAAUCGACACUGUACGUGAAUUGGUUCUUUCACGAAAUCUCAAUCUCAUAAUUGAACCUGGAAGAUCGCUCAUUGCCAACACUUGCUGCUUUGUCAAUCGUGUCACUGGAGUGAAAACCAAUGGGACAAAAAAUUUCGUUGUGAUUGAUGGGAGCAUGGCUGAACUUAUUCGGCCUAGUUUGUAUGGAGCGUAUCAGCACAUAGAGCUGGUUUCACCUUCACCUCCGAAUGCUGAGAUCUCGACAUUUGAUGUAGUCGGACCUGUUUGUGAGUCCGCUGAUUUCUUGGGAAAGGAUAGGGAACUACCCACACCAACUAAGGGUGCUGGAUUGGUAGUUCAUGAUGCCGGUGCUUACUGCAUGAGCAUGGCUUCCACUUACAAUCUCAAAAUGCGACCUCCAGAGUAUUGGGUUGAAGAGGAUGGAUCAGUGUCCAAAAUCCGACAUGGGGAGACAUUCGAAGACCAUUUAAGAUUGUUUGAGGGACUUUAGAUUGCUGCUGGUGUCCAUCGUUUCAGCAACGAGUAGGUAAAGUAUCUUGGACGCUGAUUAAAUUUGUCGUCUGCUUGUUGUCUGUUUUUGUAUCUUAGAAUCUUCUGUUGGCUGAAUAAAAAUCGACUUUUGUUUUCCAGAAUCUUCUUAUUCUCAGCAUAUAUUCUUGCAAAUCCAUUUCCGAGUAAAUGGUUUCAUCUGUUUGAGUAAAGCAUGAGCAUCUCGUGAUUCUUACAAACACUGUAUGAUACGAUGAAGACAUGGUUUUUUGUUUUGAUUCGUGAAGGAAUUGUUUGUUCAUUUGACUGGGACACCAAAAAGAUAAAAGUAGGUUGUGAAGCAGUAGAGAAUUGGACAAUGUGAUUAUCGCUGCUGUUAAUUUUUUUUAUUUUUUUUUUUGGAAUUUGUAUUAGAAAAUAUGGACCAGUAAAUGAGGAUAUCACAGUCAUACUGAGAUUUAUGGGUCAAUAUGCUAUUUUCUUUUUUCUCCA